GUGAAGUGUGCGUGAGUCUACGUGGGAGGCUGUGAGUAUACGUGUGAAUGUGUGUGUAAACUGCCGUAUGUGGGUGUGUGCGAGUCCAGGUGUGCAUGUGUGAGUGUCUGCCCGGGAGACUAGAUGUGCGUUUGGGCGAACGUGUGUGAGUGACUGCGCGCUCCCUGGGCCCCACCUCUGCACCCGCUUCCCCGCGGGGUCCCGCGGGUCCCCGGGCCCGGGACUACGACUCCCAGAAUGGCCCGGGCGGGCCCGCCCCGCCGUCGUGAUUGGCUGUGGUCCCGGUGCUCCCGCCCCGCGGGAAUGAAUGGAUGGGCGGCCUCAGCGCCCGCCCGAGCGCUGGGAGGACCGACCCGGCGGGGACCUGCUGGGGGCAGGACCCGGGGAGCAAGAUGGCCACGGUCAUCCCCGGCCCCCUGAGCCUAGGCGAGGACUUCUACCGCGAGGCCAUUGAGCACUGCCGCAGCUACAACGCGCGCCUGUGCGCUGAGCGCAGCCUGCGCCUGCCCUUCCUCGACUCGCAGACCGGCGUGGCCCAGAACAACUGCUACAUCUGGAUGGAAAAGACCCACCGCGGCCCUGGUCUGGCCCCGGGACAGAUCUACACGUACCCCGCGCGCUGUUGGAGAAAGAAACGGAGACUUAACAUCCUGGAGGACCCCAGACUCCGGCCCUGCGAGUACAAGAUCGAUUGUGAGGCACCCCUGAAGAAGGAGGGUGGCCUCCCCGAAGGGCCCGUCCUUGAGGCGCUACUGUGUGCUGAGACAGGGGAGAAGAAGAUUGAGUUGAAGGAGGAGGAGACCAUUAUGGACUGCCAGAAACAGCAGCUGCUGGAGUUUCCACAUGAUCUCGAGGUGGAAGACUUGGAGGAUGACAUUCCCAGGAGGAAGAACAGGGCUAAAGGAAAGGCAUAUGGCAUCGGGGGUCUCCGGAAACGCCAGGACGCCGCAUCCCUGGAGGACCGAGACAAGCCGUAUGUCUGUGAUAUCUGUGGGAAACGGUAUAAGAACCGGCCAGGGCUCAGCUACCACUACACCCACACCCACCUGGCUGAGGAGGAGGGGGAGGAGAACGCCGAGCGCCACGCCCUGCCCUUCCACCGGAAAAACAACCAUAAACAGUUUUACAAAGAAUUGGCCUGGGUCCCUGAGGCACAGAGGAAACACACAGCCAAGAAGGCACCCGAUGGCACUGUCAUCCCCAACGGCUACUGUGACUUCUGCCUGGGUGGCUCCAAGAAGACGGGGUGUCCCGAGGACCUCAUCUCCUGUGCUGACUGUGGGCGAUCAGGACACCCCUCAUGUUUACAGUUUACGGUGAACAUGACGGCGGCCGUGCGGACCUACCGCUGGCAGUGCAUCGAGUGCAAGUCCUGCAGCCUGUGCGGCACCUCGGAGAACGACGGUGCCAGCUGGGCGGGUCUCACCCCCCAGGACCAGCUGCUGUUUUGUGACGACUGCGAUCGGGGUUACCACAUGUACUGCCUGAGCCCCCCCAUGGCGGAGCCCCCGGAAGGGAGCUGGAGUUGUCACCUCUGUCUUCGGCACCUGAAAGAGAAGGCCUCUGCCUACAUCACCCUCACCUAGGCCUGGCUCUGGCUCACCCGGACCUCUGGGGUGGUGCUUACCUAUCUGCCUCUCGGAGCUCCUCCACGCUCUCUCCGCCCUCAGUGCCCCACAGUGGAGGGGGACAGGGGAAGCCCGAGAGGGGGCGGGGCCACCCCCUUCCCUCUGUGCAGGUGGAAUGUUUGCCCUGUGGGUUGGUGGGCCCAGCAGGGCCCCUCUCCCUUCCUCCCUCCUUCCCCAUCCCUUGGCGAAUGGGCACCGGGGGCUUCUGCUCCCCUCAAAGCCAUACCCCGCCUCUGGGCGGGCAUGAGGGGUGGUAGAUGCCAGCCCGGGGCACGGACACAGCGUUUUUCUAAAGAAAAAGUCAAAAAGUUAAAAAAAAAAAAAAAAAGAAAGAAAAAAGAAAUUAAUAUAUACAAAGAGUCCUAUAAGGCCUGGCUGGGUGGAGGGGGUGCUGCCGAGCGCAUCCACUGGGCACCGGUCUAUGCCAGCUUCCUGCCUACCAGCCCCACCCCCCAGUUUCUGGAGUUGCAGCUGUCCCACCUCCUCACCCAAUGUGGGCACCAUCCCCCUUCGUGCCCAGGGCAGGUGGGUGUGGUGUCCACCCUCGCCCCCUCUUGGUGCCCACCGUGGAUACUGCAUGACGUGAACCAUGGUUUUGAACUCCGUUCCUGCUCCCUCCCUGAGAGCCCCACCCUGCCCGCUCUGUGCCUGCUGCCUGCCCUGGCUGGUGGGCGUCCGCUGGGGGGGCAAGGCGGGCAAGGCAGGCCCCUGCCCAGCGCCUGCUGGAAUGAGAAGCACAGACUCUACAACGGACUAGUUUUUCCCCUUUCCCCUGCUCCAGUUCCCCACCGGCCAGGCCGGGCUGCCCCCUGCCACCCUCGCUGGCCAUUUUGGGGGUAGCGAGGGGGCGUGGUUGUUUCUUGUGGUUGUGUGUGUUUGUUGUUCGGGUUAAAAAAAAGGGAAAUUGAGACUGCAAGUGGGGGGAGGUGGUGGGUUUGGGGGGUCUCCCCCAAUCCAGGCAUGCCCCCCCCCUUGUAAACGAGUCUCCUUUAUUGCCUGCCUCUGCUGUGAAUUAACUUGUUCUGUGUAUUAAACUGGGCCUGACCCCUCUGCC